GCAAGCGGCGGGCGUGCCCCUCCCUGGCGCUGAGGUGACAGGUGUGGCGCGAAGGAGGCGGUUGGCGGCGAUCUCUUCACGGUGGAGCCGCCCCAUCCAGCUCCCCUCGGCCGCUGCGCCACCUCCGCGCUAGGAGCCGCGGCAGCGCUCGGCAGCGCUCGGCAGGAGGCGGGCUCAGACCGGCACCGACUUGAAGGCUUCCUGGAGAUCUCUGUGUACUCACCGACUUGCAGCCGUCUCCAUGUCAGCACGCUUGCUGUGACAGAACCGCCGGCAUGGCAGACAGUGAGCCCGGGGGUGGAGGAGAGGAACCAACUCUCAUCCCAUUUCUGGAAGAGGAAGGCAACGGUGCAGCAGCUCACAGCUCUGACCUGAAAGAACAUGAAGAAGAAUACAAGCUUGAAGAAGAUUUGUCUGAUGAUGGCAAGAUGGGGAAUGAGGUCACUUCUGAAGGAACUGGAGACAAGUCUGAACAUAGCAGGGACAGUUUGGAACACUGCCUGCACAACGUUACAAGCAGUCAGGCUCUGAAGUCUGCAGAUAGAAUUUGCUUAUUUGCUUUACCCAGCAACCUAAACGAGCUCAGCAGCAUCGCCAAAGAAAAGAAACUUGUGGUCCAGAAAAUCAGAGAUGAACUGACUGCCUGCCAGCUGCGGAUCAAAACACUAGAAAAGCAGCUGGAGAACGUAGACAUUGAGACAGAAGAAGAGAAGGAGGCUGGCAACGUCCCAGCCGUGUUCCGCCUACAGGCAAUGCAUAGGCGACUGUGCACUGAGCUGGAGGAUGAGAAGAAUUUGGAGUUGAAAAUUGCUUUGACACUGAAAGAAAACAUGCUUGAGAUGUGGCAGAUAGAGACCCAGCAGGGAAAAUAUGAAAUCCUCCACAAACAACUUAAAAAAGAUGAGGAGGAGCUAGAGAUGCAGUACCAGGAACAAGCAGAAGUGAGGAUUCGGAAGGAAAAAAUAGCAGCACUGAAAGCAGAAGAAAAUCAGCUGUCUUUAAAAAAAAAAGAAGAGGAAGCACAGAAAGAAUAUGAAAAAAGGCGUAAAAAAAUGCUUGAAGGUGCCAAAAGGAACCAUGAAAAAGCAGUUUACUUCCUGAGAAAAAGCAUGGCGAGAAUUCAUGAGAAGAAUGCAAAGGAAGAAGCGAAAACUCAGGAGCAUAUGGAGAGAAGGAUACAAGCUGUGCUCUCCCUGAAAAACAGCAUAACUUCCAAUAGGGAAAAACUCCAGGCUCUCCAGACUCGGAACCAAGCAAUGGUUUUUGAGGCAAAGAAACAGGAGAUGACAAUGAGGGAGGCUAUCCUUGCAAAAGGAGGCAAUGUUGCCAAGGAAAUUUUACUCCAUAAACGUCUGCUACAGCAUGAAAAGGAGAAAGAAGCUUUUAGAGAACAACAAAAAUCAAGAAAAAUUGAGAUUGUAUCUAAAAUUCUGCAAGAAAAAGCUUCUAUUUUCAAGCAGAAGAAUCAGCAGUCCUGUACUAAGGCGAUUAAGAGUGGUGGUAAAUGUAAGGAUUCUUUACUGCAAAGAAAGAAAACAUGGCGCUAUAUUGAGAAGACCUGCAAACGUGCAGCUGGGGCACCACAGAAGUCGUGGUGCUCUCCGUCAGUUUGUUCCCCAGCUGGUGAGAGAACUGCUUCUGUAGGAAAGUGUUCUGAAAAAGUCCCCCAUGAUGUGCUCUGUGAAAGUGAUGAAGACGAGAAGGAGAGGGAUGAGAUCCCAGCAGAACCAGAGCUCCCAGGACUAUCGAGUCAGGAAUGUGACUUGCACAAUAUAUCCAAAGAAGAAAUGGAUACAAAGCAUCUGGCUCCAAGGACAAUGAAAACAGAGAUUUUAGAGGAAAAGAAGGAGGAAUUCCAAACUAGAAUUUUUAAUAAGGGAACACUGUCUGGUUAUGAACAUCAAGGACGAACUUUCUAUACUAAACCAAGUUGUGUUCAUUUCAAGGAUUUUGAUGUUGGUAAAAUCUACAAAAAGAAGAUAGUUUUGAUAAAUGCAUCCUACAGCAUUAACUACUGCAAACCAGUGGGAAUCAGUGAAUGGCUGAAGGACUUCAUCACCAUUCAGUUUGACCCACCUGGUAAAAUGUCUGCUGGAAUGUCCUGUGAAGUGGGGGUAACCUUUAAGCCUGUGAUAAAUGAAAAUCUGGAAGGAGAAGUCAUGUUUAUGGCACAAACAGGAUCCUUCUCAGUGCCACUGAAAUGUACAGCCAAGACAUGCACUCUGGCACUAGAUAAAGUGCUUGUUGACUUUGGCACUCAUGUAGUGGGAGAGAGAAUUUCACGAGCUGUCAUCCUGACCAACACUGGAGCUUUGGGAACAAGAUUCAAGGUUCAGACAUCAGCAGGUGACAGCAGUAGAUGUGGAGCAACAGCAGAAUCUUCUACUACCAGAACAGUUACUCAACCAUGCAGUGACUUUGCUCCUGAGAAGAAAGACAGCGAUAGUUCUGUAACAUCUGCACUUGAAAAGAAAGAACAAAUCUGUCCUGAUGGUAGUGAAGAACCAACCUGCUGUGUAGCCCAGGUGGAGCAGCAGAGGACUGAGACAAGUUCUACAGAACAACUUGCUCAGGAUGUAUUCAGUUUCAGUUCAGAUAAAGACACAGGCAAUGCACAUCAUUUAACGGAACACUCACCUGAAGAAACACCAAUGGAAAUUAUGCUGGGAAAGGUUACUGAAGGUGAAAUUGGACCCUUCAGCUCAGUCAAACUUCAGAUUAUAUUUAUGCCAUCCAUCCCUGGGGACGUACGGGCGGAGUUUGUGAUCAUGUUUGACAACUCAGACUGCAAACCACUGUACUUCACUGCCAUUGGAGUCUCUGUUGACGUGCCGGUUUGGGUGCCCAAUCCCAACAUUGAUUUGAAGAUCUGUAUGUAUGACCGACUUUACCAGGACUGCAUUGUCAUCCGGAGCAGAGCGAAAACUAUGCUGCAUUUGAAGUUUGAAGUAUGCAAAGAAUUGAGCAAACACAUGAAGCUGCUCCCAAAAACAGGUUGCAUUCAACCUCGGUCAUCCUUCAGUGUGCAGUUGAAGUUUCUGCCCAGGCGCUCCCUCCCCGAAGACGCAGGCAGCUGUUUUAACGAAGAGACAAGUGUUCUGGAAGCUCCAGUGAUGGUACAGAUUGCAGAUAAUACUAAACAAAUUAAUUUUACUGUCCAUGCAAUUGUUACUACUUCUGACUUGGAAAUCAGUCCAGCAGAAAUCAAUUUUGGAUACUGCACCAUCUAUGAAGCUGUGAGGACAAAUGUCACGCUAACAAACAAGUCCAUCUUGCCACAGGAGUUUGGAUUUGUGAGACUCCCAGAGUUUGUUGAAAUUCAGCCUAACGAUGGACUUGGAGUUCUUCUUCCUCUUGAAAGUCUGACGUUGCACAUAAUCUUUAAAGCCAACAAGGCAGAAGAGUACAGCUUUGAACUGACCUGCAAGUCAGAGGUUAAUAGACAAUUCAAGUUGUCAUGCAGAGCAGUUGGAGUCCACCCACCUCUUGAAUUGUCUCAUUCCUUAGUUCAGUUUGCUGCAACAGCUCUAAAUGAUGUGUCUACAGCAACACUGUAUGUGAUGAAUUCCCAUGUGAGUGCCAACCUCUUUAGUCAUGCAGUCCCAAGAAUUGGCAAUGGGGAAGUUGCCCCUGUUGGGCCCACUUCAUUUGAAUUUUACGUGCCAGAAGACUGUCCUGUGGCAAUCAAGCCUUCUGUUGGAACUGUGUUGCCUGGGAAGAAAAGCUUGAUUCAAGUGUCCUUCAGACCAACAUUGUCAGAUCAGCUAAUCAGAGAAGAGGCAGCUCAGAGGCUUUGUGAAGCAGCUGCAACAGGGGCAGAAAUACAAAAAAGGAAGAAUAGUGAGAAGAGAGAGGGAAAGAAAUUAAGUGUUUCCAUUUCCAGACGGCAGUCUUCCAGACAGGUUGUAAGGACUGGAAGUGCUAAACACCUGAGUUCUUCAUGUAAAUCUGAGCAACCAGAAUCCAAAGAGAUAAAGCCUGACUCAGAAGCUUAUAUAGCAGCGCAGGCAUUCCUGACACGGAAUUUCAGAGGAAGGUUUGAAAAAUACACCAUACCAUGCUUUGUUGCAAGUGGAGAUAUUGAUGAAAAACGAGGCUUGGAAAGUCUAAGCUUCAGCCCUUAUAACACCUUGUAUUUGGAGCUGCAUUGUCCAGCUGUAGCACCAUCUGUUGUGGUCACUUCAGAUAAUGGAAAAAACACGGUCGAUUUUGGUAAUGUGGCAGUAGGCCAAACAAUACUGAAGCAAACUACAUUACAAAAUAUCUCCCCAGAAAAGCUGGAACUACGAUUCUCAGUUCUGAAUCCCAGUGGUCCCUUCCUGUUGGUCAGACCAGUUAGGAUGCUUGAGCCAGGUGAAAUCAGAACCCUCGUCAUCUCUUUUUCUCCAAAUGAAGACAAAUUGUUCUUUGAAAUGCUGCACAUCCAGACUGUAAAAAACAACUUGCCUCUACGGAUCACUGGUUAUGGGGUGAUGCCAUCGAUCAUUUGCUCUGUGGAAGAAGUACUUGACAUGGGCUAUGUCCUAACCAGAGAGAAGGCAACGUCCACGUUCAAGAUACAGAACACUUCCACGCUGACCCUGCAAUGCUCCAUUCAUCUGGAAACAUUUUCAUCCACAAGGGACAAAGAUCAGCAGAGGGUUCCAUCCUUUCUUAUGUCCUCUUUGCAAGGAGCAGAGAUUGUUGGAACAGAGAACUACAAUGGUUUAAGUGUGUUCAGUGUCCUUCCUACAGAAGGAGAAAUUCUUGCUGGGGAAAGCCAAGACUUUACUGUUACUUUCAGUCCUGAGCAUGAAGGUCUGUACUAUUCUGAGUGUCUCAAGGUUGUGCUCUUUGGCAAGAAAACUGCCCAUGUGAUCCAGCUUAAGGGUGCAGCAAGAGAUCAUCCCAUGUAUGUGGAAGGUGGAAUUCCACUAGAUGUGCCCGUUGAGUCCUUGGCUGUAACAUCACCUCUGUCAUCAAAAAAAACACGAAAAGAAGAGCUGCAAGAACCAGUGAAGUCCAUUCUCCUGCUUCUGGAGCAUGUGGAGGGAGAGAAUGCCCUACUGCCAGCAGUGACAGAACUGAAAGUUGGAGCUAUACAGACAGCUCAGUUUGCAUCUAAGAAGAAUGUGGAGUUCAGUUUUGAUAACCUGUCACACCUCCAGAAGAAGGGAUUUGCUAUUGAGCCUGUAAAGGGAAAAGUUGAUCGUGGUCAUGUAAAACGCAUCAGCGUUUGUUGGGUGCCACCUGCUGACUUUGAUGCCAGUGCCCCCCUGGUUGAGACAGCCUUCCUGAACUUAAAAGGUGACAUAAAGGAAUCCUACCGAAUUCUCUUUGUGGCAACAGUUAUCUGCUCCCACUAGCUGAGGGCUCAAAGCUAUGUGGAAGGUGAAGACUUGAUAUUUGGGAAAUCGCUGGAUCUCAGCUGGAACCUGGGAAGAUUCUGAAACUGUUGCAAAUAUGUGAGGGGAGAAGGAAAGUGGAAAGGAAGGUAACAUGUACUAUUCCUGCUUUUCUGCCUGCAGAAUUCUAUAUAAACUCCAUAUCUACUAGUUUUAUUUUUAGACUGAUCUGGUGCUGCUAACCUUGUAGUAUAGGGAAGAAUUAACAAGAGGCACCAAGUAGAUACAACUAUGUUAACUGCAGUGUCUUCCAAAGUCAGGAAUUCCCUCAAAAGGAGUAUCUUUUUACCUCUAAAUGAGGGAGUUUCAAACAAUGUCUGCUUCCAACUUCAUAUCAUUUUAAUGGCUGUGGUGGCUUUUUUUUUGUUUUUCCUACUAAGACCAAAAUAAAGUACUUUAUUUUAAGCCUCCUCCUGCUAGUUUGGGCAAUCAUUUUUACAGUACAUCACGAAAUCUUCAUGAUCAAGAAGAGAUGGUGACCAUGCUGUCUACUAAUCACUGUCUAUGAUUAGACACUAGGUCAUGGCUGCCCAGGAACUUCAUUUUCUAUAUUUGUUUUCAUUUGAAUUCUGACUAAGAACAGUUACUGGGGAAGCUGAAGUGCCCCAUAGGUUUAACUUGGGUCAAGAAGUGCUAUCUGGUUUCAGGCAAAAGUACAGAACCAGUUCAAGAUAGGGAACAAGGGACCAUGGAGUCAGCAAAAAUCUGGAGCAUAGAAAUCCCUUAAAUCUUGCAUCAUCUUUCAUGAAUCACAGAAAGCCUAUGAUAAAGCUUCCUGUCCACCACUCCAAAGCCCUGUGUCACUUGUGUAGUUGUUAAAAUUGCUCAUUUAGCUUAGCAGUAAGAAAACAGAACUAGACCAUUUGUAAAUGUCACUAAGGUAAAUGCCUCAUGCUUGCCCAACUACGAGGAGCUCAACACAGCAACUCUAGCCUUCAUGUAACUUACCUCUUGAAGGAACAAAUAAUUCUGUUCAAUGCUUCAUCUCCAAAGCAGGUUAGCAAGAAUUUCUGUUAAAAUUGCCAGAAGCCGCUACGCGUAUAACAUCAAAACAGAAAUGUAAGCUUACAAGACUUCAGUAAGGAUGGAGCCCACACUGUGAGGAAGAUAUGAAAAUGUGUCCUCAGAAAUAGAUCUGAGUUUUCCAAAAGUUUAAGUUUUCUGCUUCUCUAACUGUACUCCUGAACAUCAUGCUUUACACUGAGUUUUGCAACUGUGGAUUGCUCUUGGAUCACCAGAUAUGAUCUCUUGAACUUUCAGAAAAAUUUGGAUCUACAUGUAGAUAUACUUCUUGGCUCUAAUCUAGCUGUAGUUUAGUAAGAAUGCCAUUUACGUCCAUUUUAUGUUCCUUAAAAGCUACAUUAAGUUCAUUACUAAGACAGAGUAAGAGAGUAAGUGUGUAUCAUGGGUAUGUGUUCUCUUAUCCAGUGACUUCAGAGAUUGCUCCACACUUAUGAAUGGUGCUUUUUCUAAAUGAGCUGCAGUCUCGUGACCCUGGUUGGUCCUGUAGGAAAAUAUUUCAGUCAACAACAUGUGACAUCUCUGAUAGAGCAAAGCCAGUGACUGCCAGCUGGGGGGAGAGCUGCUCAACUCAGUACUUCCAUGCUAUCAGGUCUGCUCUUUAUUGCUGUUGCUCUUUAUUGCUUCUUGCAAAAGAAAUUUCUGC